UUGGUGGCGGUAUGUGCCUAUGGUGCGGAAUACGCCAAACAAUUCCAAAGAAGAAGAAGAAGAAGAAGAAGAAGCGGCAGCACGCGAUUGGCUGCUGGCUGGGUCAGAGGUCACGUCCGCGUUAGCGCUGACGUUGUCCAAAAGGAGGAAAAUGGCGAUGGGUUGUUUGUCAAUGAGGGACACCGCGACUCCUGCAACAUUAACCUGCAAAAGACGGCGUGCUACAAUGGUUCCCACGCUGUCUGGCGGAUUCAGCAGAAGCGCUCUGCUUGUUUUAUCCGUGGCAUUAAUGUUGCAGGUAGUUUUAGGAGACGGAAAGACUCUCGUUCUGCUGGACAAUCCCAACAUCAGAGACACUCAUUCAAUCUUCUUCCGCAGUUUAGCAGAUCGUGGGUUUGACCUUACCUUCAAGACUGCUGAUGAUCCUGGUCUCUCUUUGAUCAAGUACGGCCAGUUCCUCUACGACCAUCUCAUCAUUUUCUCUCCAUCGGUGGAAGAUUUUGGGGGCAGCAUCAAUGUAGAGACCAUUACAGCCUUCAUUGACGGUGGAGGAAAUGUUCUUGUUGCUGCCAGCUCUGAUAUUGGUGACCCUCUGAGAGAGCUAGGCAGUGAAUGUGGGAUUGAAUUUGAUGAGGAGAAAACUGCUGUCAUUGACCACCUUAACUAUGACACUUCUGAUCCCGGUGAGCACACCCUGAUUGUUGCAGAUCCAGAGAAUCUUCUUAAAGCCCCAACUAUAGUUGGCAAGCCCACUGAUAAACCAGUCCUGUUCAAAGGUGUUGGCAUGGUGGCUGAUCCAGAUAACUCUCUGGUGCUGGACAUUCUCACAGGAUCCUCCACCUCUUACUCCUACUUCCCUGAUCGCCCCAUCACGCAGUAUCCUCAUGCAGUUGGAAAGAACACUCUCCUGAUCGCCGGUCUGCAGGCAAGAAACAAUGCACGUGUGGUUUUCAGCGGGUCACUGCACUUCUUCAGUGAUGCUUUCUUCAACUCCCCUGUGCAGAAGGCCACUCCUGGUUCAACGAGGUAUGAACAGACUGGUAACCAGGAGCUGGCUGAGGCCCUGUCCCGCUGGGUGUUUAAGGAGGCUGGUGUUCUUAGGGUUGGGGCUGUUACCCAUCAUCCAGUUGGAGAGAGCACUCCCCCUGCUGCCUACACCAUCACUGACCUUGUGGAAUACAGCAUUGUGAUUGAGAUGUUGACUGGUGGAAAGUGGGUGCCUUUUGAUGGAGAGGACAUUCAGCUGGAGUUUGUCAGAAUUGAUCCAUUUGUUAGGACCUACCUCAAGAAAAAUGGUGGAAAAUACAGUGUACAGUUCAAGCUUCCAGAUGUAUAUGGAGUUUUUCAGUUCAAAGUUGACUACAACAGACUUGGCUACACACGCCUGUACUCCUCAACCCAGGUUUCUGUCCGCCCCUUGCAGCAUACCCAGUAUGAGCGCUUCAUCCCCUCUGCCUUUCCAUAUUAUGCCAGUGCCUUCUCUAUGAUGGCAGGACUCUUUGUUUUCAGUGUCGUCUUUUUACAUAUGAGAGAAAAAGAGAAGUCUGAUUAAAAUGAGAAUCAGUGAAGAGGAGUACUAGAUAAUGUAAAAAAA